AAUGGCUGUGGUGAAAUGGGCGUGGUUUACGGGGUAAAGGGGCGGGGUUUGCCUUGUGGGCGUGGCCUGAGCGGGCGUGUCCUUCAGGAGGAGGAGGAGGAUGAGGAAGGCCAAGGGGGCGGAGCCAAAGCCCCGGGGCUGGGGGGAGGGCGGCGCUACGUCCCGCCCCGCCUGGUGCCCGUGGCCUGUGCGCCCCCCGAGGCCGAGUCCCGGGCCCAGCUCCGCGCCCGGCGCCGCGCGCUCAGCUCGGCCGCGCUGCGGGAGCUGCAGCAGGAGCUGGGGGAGGGGCCCCUGCAGGAGGGGGAGGGGCUGCAGGCGUCCCGCGAGGAGCGCCACAGGUGAGAUUUGGGCUAAAAAACCGGGA